AACCAAAACGAAGCCUAAUGAGUCCACUGGCAUUAUGGGAAUUAAGAAAAACGCCCGUUCAAUGGAAAACCUGCUGGAGUAUGGAGUGAAAGAGAAACCCAGAGACUGUUCUCCUGCAGCUGAACCUAAUCAGAAACCAGAAGCUCCUGAUAUUCCCCCAGACAUAAGCACAGCUGAAAAGAGAGGUGAACUUCUGAAAUACGCCACAGAACUCACUUUCGAUCCAAGCACCGCCCAUAAACGCAUCGCGCUGACCGAGAACUUCACUAAGGCCUCGGUGUCAGACGAGCACAUAAACUACCCCGACUGCCCCGGACGCUUUGCUGUCUGCUCCCAGGUGCUCGCCUCCAAGGGUUUCUCUACUGGACGCCAUUACUGGGAAGUGCGACUGACCAACAUUAACUUCAUUGGCGUAGGCUUGGCUUACAGCAGCAUGGACCGCAAAGGCCCCACCAGUCGACUGGGCCGCAACGUCCAGUCCUGGUGCGUCGAGUGGUUUGAUGUCGGCCUGUCAGUCUGGCAUAACAGCAGCGAGACCGUGCUUGCUAAUCCAAAUCCAAAGCGUGUCGGCGUGCUGUUGGAUUGCGAGGCCGGCACCGCUACGUUCUAUCGCGUGGCAGAGAGGGCGUAUCCCUUCCACACUAUCAAGUUCCCUUACCCUGCCUUUUUAGAGGCUAUCUAUCCAGCCUUCUGGAUUUUCUCUAAUGGCUCCUCCAUUACCUUUUGCAAAAUGCAACAA